UAUCAUCCCUCUGCAAAAUUAAGUGGACUUUAUUUUUAAAUGUUCAUGUUGUUUGUACGAUAUCUAAUUAAUUAGUCCUAUUAUUUAAAACUCAAAACGAGUUAUAAUCAUCAAGACAAAUAUGGUGCUUGUGGAUAAAAAUCUUUGUAAGCACUGGAGAUGUGAGCGACUUUCUGAAACUACUAACUGCUAAUUGCAAAAGAAAAUUAAUAAUUAUUAGUAUUAGUCACAAAGUAAGCAAAUUCUUUUUAAAAUAUUGUUACAAUAUCCCACAACAAAAGACACUGUUCAAUCGUAAUCUAUGUCAGGAUAAUAGUAAUACAGUAUAGAAAAGAAAAGGGCGUGUCCAAUCGCUCCAUUUUGCCCCCUUUAAUAUGGCGGCGACUCCAACGUAUAAUGCAUUCUAAAAUGCGGCAUUUACGUUUCUAUGUUUAUGACGGUUCCUAGUUGCCAUGGAGACUGUUUCGUUCUGGAGUGCUCCAGGCAGACUCUUUUCUGUACAUUUCACUUUUGGACCCAAGUCGAAUAGAAAAUGAUUUAUGUUUAUAGAAUGAAGAAAUAAUCGUUGAAAAAUACUAGUUAAUUUUUUUAUAUGACGUCAUGCUACACGGGAAUUCAAAUUUUGUAAGAUAUUCUCCGUGUUCAAAACAGGCGCAUUUUGAUGGCGACGAGCAACACGACGAUGCCUUGCAUGAACUCCCUUCUUUUUUUGUUUUAACUUUUCAGAGGUAUGAGGGGGAAACCAGAGAUGGACAGUUCCACGGGAGAGGGAGUGCCAAGUUUAAAGGGGGCCACACUUACAAGGGUACGUUCUCUUUUGGCACUAUGCACGGAAAUGGUGUGUUCACUUGGGCCGACAAGGUGACAUACGAGGGGGAGUUUGUGCACAACAUGCCGAUGGGCCAAGGCAAGUACACCUGGCCGGACGGCAGUUCUUACGAAGGCGACGUGUGCAACGGGGUCAGGCAUGGCUGCGGAACUCAAAAAAGUGGCAACGUUACCUACAAGGGCCAGUGGAAUCACAGCAAGAGGCACGGAAAGGGGACUGUGUAUUAUGACCAGGAGGAGACGUCUUGGUACAGAGGCGACUGGGUGAUGAACGAGAGAGAGGGAUGGGGAGUAAGACGCUACCCGUCCGGUAACAUUUAUUUUGGUGAGUGGAAGCAUAAUUUGAGAAAUGGAGAUGGCACUAUGAGGUGGCUGAAUCAGGGCCAGCUCUACAUUGGGAACUGGCACGACGGAGUCCAGCAAGGCCACGGCACACACGUGUGGCUCAUGAAGCGGAGCGAACCCGGAGCCGAAUUCCGUCCCAGCAAUCAGUACACGGGGAAUUUUUUCCAGGGUUACAGGCACGGACCGGGAACCUUUUACUACGCCGGGGGUGCCCUCUAUGAGGGAGGAUGGCAGGACAAUAAAAAACACGGGAAGGGGAAAGUUACCCUCAAGGACGGCUAUGUCUUUGAAGGACAAUUCCUAAAUGACAAAAUGAUGACCCCCAUUAUGACAGCAAACCAAGCCCCCGUUCUACAUGGCACAGACGAAUCUUGUCUUGGACCGGACAUGACUGUCAACAUCGAUUGCGCUUUGGAGAAAAUCCCUGGGAGAAAACACGAAAUUGAGCAUAAACAGGUGCGGUUUGUGCUGCUGAGGCACAAGACCGAGCUGAGGUCCAUCUACCGUUUCUACAGCCGACUGGGCCAACCUCAGAUUCCAGGUGGCGCCUUCCUGCUGUCCCGCAUGCAGCUGUGGCGCUUCCUCAAGGACUGCUUCGUCCACCACCGGGGCGUCACCUUGGCGGAGCUCGACCUUUUUAUACGGGAUAACCCGGACCCGGCAGAGGUUCACUCCCCCUUCACUCCCAUCAUGCUCAGUCGGUUCCUCAGCUGCCUUGUGAUCAUCGCCUACCACAUCUACCACAAGGAAAUGGCGUCAUCGAAUCACCUUCUGGCUGCGUGCUUCUCCAAACUGUUGACAGAAGACAUAUUUCCACACGCCAAGAAUGUAAAAGGCUUCCUUUUUAAGCCACCAGAGCGAACCAUUAUGGCUGUGGACUUCCUCGGAAAAUGCUGGAAGGUGCAUCAGGCCUACUGCAGGGUCAACAAAGCCCCGAGGGAUGACAGCACCAUGACAAACCGCCACAUACUAUGGAUGUACAAGGAUCUCAACCUUUACGACAGCGAUUUGACCAUCGUGAGGGUAAUGGAGAUCAUCUCCGCAGAGACCCUGGACCCCAGCAACCUGUCGGCCUGCAUGGAAAACGAGAUUACAUUUCUGGAAUUCUUUGAGGUUCUUCUUGGCUGUGGCGAGGUGAAGUGUCAGCAGAUGACGGGUCCUUACCCCAAGAUUGGACCAUCUAAAUCCUCUUCAGCACUGGCACGUCAGUGGCAUCAAACCCUGGCCCAAGACCGUGAACUGGAUGCUUGGAGUCAUAAAAUCCAUCACUUUUUUAAACAUAUAUUCUUCCCUGCUGUUGCCCUCCUUCAUAUAAUGUGAUGACCAAGAAAUU